AUGUGGAAUAGGUGGUUUAAAAGUUCUCCUGAACACCAAGCCUCAAGGACGUCAGCCGAAGAGGAAGCUUUAGCCGAUUAUGUAUACUCUAAAGUCAUUUAUCAAGCUGGCGUCGAUUUUGAGAGCAAACCUAUGGUCAUACUAUGUGCAUGCAAUCUCCCAGAUCCCAUAGAAAGUGAUUAUACAGUCGUCCUCUUCGUAGGUGGAGCCAAACAUAACCCUGGCUGGUCUUGGAUGUUUAAAGCAUAUAAAAGCCUCAGCAGAAAAUACAAGAAAAAUCUUAAAUCUUUGUACAUUGUUCAACCAACAUUGUGGGCACGUAUAUCACUCGACUUUAUGAAUGCAGUAAUUAGCCCGAAAUUUGCGAAAAAAAUUAAAUACAUUCAUACUUUAUCAGAAUUAGCUAAUUUUAUUCCGCUUACACAAAUCGACAUACCGCCGGCCGUAUAUGAAUAUAAUUCGAAAUAUGAAGUUAAAAUAACGUUACCACCGUCACUUAAUUAUGAUGAAAAUAAGCGUUUGAUGUUUGGAGUCCCUCUCGAAGUUUUAAUGGGAUCAGAAGGCGAAAAUGGACUACCAAGAGUGGUCAGAGAUUGUGUCACGUAUUUAAGAACAGAAGGUUUGACGGUUGUUGGAGUAUUCCGCCGAUCACCUGGUUCAAUAUUAUUACGCCAAGCAAAAGAAGCUUAUGACCGAGGAAAUCCAAUUAAUUUGGCGGAUUAUGGUGUACAUAUGGCAGCCGUUCUUCUUAAAAUGUUCUUUAAUGACUUGCCAAUAUCAAUAUUUCCAGUACAAACGUACGAGACAUUAAGACAAAUCCGAGGAAAACAACAUUAUUUGGGACGUAUAGAGUUUAUACGUAGUAGCGUAUUUCCAUUAUUAUCGCCUGCAGCGAUCAUUCUUCUCCAAUAUGUUUGCUCACUUCUUCAUGAGGUUUCAAAACACAAGGAUAUCAAUUUCAUGAAUGCACAUAAUCUUGCAGUAAUGUUUGCACCUAAUUUGGUGCAUAGUGGAAACCCAAUGCUUGAUGUGGGCAUGUGUUCGUUGAGCAUAAAUGAUGAAACAGCCGGCGGUGGUGUCGGAAUACUUAUGAAACUCUCCAUAGAAUAUUUUGAUUUGAUGUUUGAAGGAUAUGAAGAACCAAGAGAUCGUAUUAGAGAUGUGUCGGCAGAAAGUGGAACAAUUUCGAUGUCAUCUUCAAUGACUGGAUCUAUUAAAUCUUCAGAUACACCUUUUUCAUAUUUUAGUCCAUCUGCUUCUUUAAUAAGUUAUUCAAGUCCUCCUAAAUAUUCAUCAAUUCGAAGAGUACGUAGUCUUGCUGCACUUUCAACUAUACCCAUAAAUGGAUCAGAUUUUUUUCGCGUUGGAGCUGGUGUAGAAAUUAGCAGUGUUAAAGUACAAGGAAUGGUAAGUAGAAGUCAACCAGUUACCCCAUAUAGUGAUAUUCCAGGGUCUCCUUCAUCAAUGGCUUCAAUUGAUGAAUUACGCAGGGCAAUGCCUUGGGCUUAA